GAUCCCACUUCACUUCCCACGGGCAGAAAGGGACGCAACUCGACUGCGAGGGACAGACAAGGGGAGGCGCAGGGCAGGGCAAACCAUGGUGGCGUCGGCCAAGGGACGGCUCGUGUCCGUGCUCGCGGUGGCGGCGGCGCUCGCGGCCGUGCUCCUCUACCGCGCCCCCUUCUCCAAGAGCUUGGGCGGCGAAGGGUGCAGCCUCCUCCCGCACGACCACUUCUGGGUCGCCAGCGACCGCGUCGUCACGCUCGGCCGCGUCGGCCCCGCCGCAGUGGAGGUCAAAGGAGGGCUCAUCAACGCCAUCGCGGUCGGGGACUACCGGAGCUUCGUGCUCCGCCGUCCUCUCCUGGACUACGGGGACGCCGUCAUCAUGCCCGGCCUCAUCGACGUGCAUGCCCAUCUCGACGAGCCUGGACGUGCCGAGUGGGAGGGCUUCUCUACUGGUACAAGAGCAGCUGCGGCAGGCGGGAUAACGACGUUGGUGGAUAUGCCACUCAACAGCUUCCCGUCGACAGUCUCUGAAGAAACUCUCAAACUGAAGCUGGAAGCAGCUCAAGAUAAGCUAUAUGUUGAUGUUGGGUUCUGGGGAGGACUUGUGCCAGAGAACGCCUUCAACCCAAGUGCUUUGGAGGGCCUCCUAAAUGCAGGCGUUUUAGGACUCAAGUCUUUUAUGUGCCCCUCAGGCAUCAACGACUUCCCCAUGACAAAUUCAACUCAUAUUGAGGAAGGAUUGGUUACACUGGCAAAAUACAAGAGACCUUUACUUAUCCAUGCAGAACGUAUACCUGAGGCUGAGGAUGAUGAUAUGCGAGAGGAUGAACUAGAUCCUCGAUCCUAUAUGACGUAUCUAAAGUCUAGACCACCAUCAUGGGAGGAAUCAGCUAUCAGAGAUCUACACCGUGCAAUGAAGGAUACGGAGUCGGGGGGUCGGUCCGAAGGAGCUCAUAUUCACAUUGUUCAUCUAUCAGAUGCAAAAACUUCCUUGGAACUUAUGAAGGAUGCUAAACGCAGUGGUGCAAGUUUAUCAAUAGAAACAUGCCCUCAUUACCUGGCAUUUUCAUCUGAAGAAGUUCCAGAUGGCGAUACUCGCUUUAAAUGUUCUCCUCCCAUACGUGAUGACACAAACAGAGAAAAUCUUUGGAAAGCUCUACUUGAUGGACACAUAGACAUGCUAAGUUCAGACCACUCACCAUCAACUCCUGAUCUCAAACUAAUGGAGGAAGGCAACUUUUUAAGGGCAUGGGGAGGCAUAUCAUCAUUGCAGUUUGUCCUCCCGGUAACAUGGUCAUAUGGGCGAAAGUACGGCAUUACUCUGAAUCAGCUAUCCUCAUGGUGGAGCGAAAAUCCAGCCAAGCUUGCAGGCCAAAAGAACAAGGGAGCUAUUCUACCAGGAUACCAUGCUGACAUAGUAGUAUGGAAACCCGAAACUGAGUUCCAACUCGAUGACAGCCAUGUUAUAUAUCAUAAACAUCAGAAUAUUUCGGCGUAUCUAGGAAAGCAACUUUCUGGUAAGGUCCUGUCAACUUUUGUGAGAGGAAACCUUGUGUUUGCUGAAGACAAGCAUGCAAAUGUUGCUUGUGGUGUUCCUAUCCUCGCUAAAGGAAGAAGAGAUGUUCGUGCACAGCCACAGCCAGAGUCCGUCGGUGUGGACCUCCCUCCGUCACCGGAAGCGGAAGAGACACCCCCGCUUCCUCCGUCCAUGGCUGCCACAGGCAAGCUUACCCUUCUCCUCCCAGUGACCCUCUCCUCUAGGUCCUCCCACUGCACGCGCGGCUUCAUGCAGAGUCCACGUCGUCAGCUGCCGCAACGCCUCACAGUCACAGCGGCGGCCACCGAAACCUCCUCCUACAACCUACCAUCUCGCUCCUCGCCGGAAACGCCGGAGGCCAGGCAGAUACGCCUGGAGACGGAGUCAGCGCUGGAAUGGGGCGGCGUGUGCGAGCGGCUCGCCCACUUUGCGUCCACUGCCGCCGGCCGCGCCGCUUGCGAGGGACGGCGCGUCCCCGUCGGGCGGAGCCGGGAGGAGAGCGAGAGGUUCAUCGACCAGACGGCGGCGGCGGUGCUGCUUCCGACGCCGCUCGAUUUUGGCGGCGUAGAGGACGUAUCCGCGCUCGUCGCUGCGGCGGCCUCGGGCCGGGCGCUUGCGGUGAGGGAGCUUUGCGCAGUUGGGCGCAGCAUCCGUGCCGUGCGGGCGGUGUUCGACCAGUUGAAGAGGCUUGCCGAUGAAAUGCCGGAUGGAAGGUACUCUUCUCUUGUAGAUAUACUGCAAGGCUGUGACUUUUUAACUGAACUUGUUCAAAGGAUAGAGUUUUGCCUUGAUUCCACCCUAUCUCUGGUCCUGGAUCGGGCCAGCAAGAAAUUAGAAAUAAUCCGCAGAGAAAGGAGGAGGAACAUCGAAAUGUUAGAAUCUCUGCUGAAAGAUACAGCAGCAAAGAUUUUCCAGGCUGGUGGGAUUGAUAGUCCUCUGGUCACCAAGCGCCGUUCUAGGAUGUGUGUUGGUGUGAAAGCUUCACACAAGCAUUUGGUGCCUGGUGGAAUCGUUCUAAGUUCCAGUGGCUCUGGUGCAACGUACUUUGUGGAGCCACGGGAUGCUGUUGAGCUCAACAAUAGGGAAGUCAAACUCUCAGGAGACGAGAGAGCAGAGGAAUUGGCAAUAUUGAGCUUGCUUACCUCAAUGAUCGCAGACUCCCAACUGAAGAUCAGAAAUUUGAUGGAUAAGGUUUUGGAAUUGGACCUUGCUUGUGCUAGAGGGUCAUAUGCCCGAUGGACAAAUGGUGUCAAACCAACCUUCAGUGAUAGUUAUACCAUUAGCCAAUCAGAUCAGUGCACUGACUAUUCAGUUUAUAUUGAGGGCAUUCGACAUCCUCUGCUACUUGAACAGUCUCUUAUGGCAGAAGAAUCUACUACAAGAGCAUCUGAAAUGCCUGUUCCAUUGGACAUGUGGGUGAAAAAGCAUGCAAGGAUAGUUGUGAUCUCUGGACCUAACACUGGAGGCAAAACUGCCACUAUGAAAACCUUGGGUCUGUCCUCGCUUAUGUCAAAAGCUGGUAUGUUCUUCCCAGCCAAAGGAAGUCCUAGGAUUCCAUGGUUCGAUCAGGUUCUUGCAGAUAUUGGUGAUCACCAGUCGCUGGAGCACAGCCUCUCUACAUUCAGUGGGCACAUAUCACGUCUGCGCAAGAUUGUAGAAAUUGUAUCAAAAGAUUCUCUAGUUCUAAUUGAUGAGAUUGGCAGCGGCACUGAUCCAUCUGAAGGUGUAGCUCUUUCAACCAGCAUUUUGAAGUAUCUUGCGAGUAAAGUGAAUUUGGCCAUUGUGACAACUCAUUAUGCUGAUCUAAGUCGGCUCCAGUCAGUUGACAACCGAUUCGAGAAUGCUGCAAUGGAAUUUUGUGUAGAAACUCUACAGCCAACAUACCGAAUCUUAUGGGGCAGUACUGGUAAUUCCAAUGCACUUAGUAUUGCAAAGUCAAUUGGUUUUGAUCAAAAAGUGCUUGAUCGCGCACAAGAAUGGGUUGAGAAACUAUUGCCUGAUAAGCAAAAGGAGCGGCAAGGUUUACUUUAUGAUUCUCUCCUCGAUGAAAAAAAACUUUUGGAAUCUCAGGCAAAUGAAGCUGCAUCUGUUCUUUCACAAGUGGAGGGGUUGUACAAUGAGAUUCGCUUGGAAGCUGAUGAUCUUGAAAGUCGAGUAGCUGGUUUGAGAGCAAGAGAGACCCAAAAGGUACAGCAAGAAUUGAAGGUUGUAAAGUCUCAAAUGGACACCAUAAUCAAGAACUUUGAAGCUCAGCUAAAGAAUUCAAAACUUGAACAAUACAAUUCACUAAUGAGGAAAGCAGAAGCUGCCACUGCUUCCGUGGUUGCUGCUCAUCAGCCAAAUGAAAUAACUUUUGAUGACGAUGAAAACCAGAGCUCGUUUGUCCCACAGAUUGGGGAUAAAGUGUAUAUACAAGGGCUGGGAGGAGGAACGAUGGCUACUGUUGUUGAAACUUUUGGAGAAGAUGAGAGCUGUAUGGUUCAAUAUGGAAAGAUAAAGGUUCGAGUCAAGAGAAACAAAAUAAAAUUGGUUCAAAGAGGCAUAAAUAAUGAGGCAACAACUUCCUCUUCUGUAAAAGCAAAGGGCCGAACACCGAAGCAGCGAUCGGCAACGACAGCCGAGGCGGACCGAAAUCAAGACGGCGGCGGCAGCAUCUCCUUCGGUCCUGUCGUGCAGACGUCCAAGAACACGGUGGAUCUGCGCGGGAAGCGGGUCAGCGAGGCGGCCUACGAGCUCCAGAUGGCCAUCGAUGCGUGUAGAACGUACCAGGUGCUCUUUGUGGUUCAUGGCAUGGGCACCGGGGCGGUGAAGGAGCGCGCCAUUGACGUCCUCCGGAACCAUCCUCGGGUGGCCAAGUUCGAGGACGAGAGCCCUCUCAACUACGGCUGCACCGUCGCCUACAUCCAGUAAACGAGGGCAGUCAGUACGAAACCUGUUUGGAAUUGAAUACAAAAAUUUCAAAAGGAUUGUAGAAAUCAAUUCUGUUUCAUAGGGGAAAAAAGUCAUGAACAGUAAAAGACUCCGACGUUCCUAAGGCCUUGUUUAGUCCUUACAAAUUUUGCAAAUUUUUCCAGCUGUCA